AUGGCAUUCGCGAGCCUCGCAACGAACACGACAGAAGCUUUCGUCACACUCGCCACAAACGAUGACUACUCGCUCGGUGCCCUCGUUCUUGGAUACUCGCUUCGAGAGGCAACCACCAGCAAGAAACUUCACUGCAUGAUUACAGAACAGGUUACGACUCCUGUGCGCGAACAACUUCAACGGGUUUAUGACGAUGUCUCGAUUGUCGACGUGUUGGCCAGCAACGACGAAGCAAAUUUGGCAUUGAUUGGACGUCCGGACUUGGCUCUCGCCUUUACCAAGCUCAAUUGCUGGCGACUUACGCAGUACUCGAAAGCCGUAUUUUUGGAUGCUGAUACCUUGGUUUUGAGAAAUGUUGACGAGCUUUUUGAGCGAGAGGAAUUUUCGGCCGCACCCGACAUUGGAUGGCCCGACUUCUUCAACUCUGGUGUUUUCGUGUAUCGGCCAAAUGAGGAGACAUACCGAGCCCUUUUGCACAAGGCGACUACUGAAGGAUCGUUUGAUGGUGCGGAUCAAGGACUUCUCAACUCGUUCUUCUCUGGAUGGCGAGAGGCGUCUUCGGCGUUCCGACUCUCUUUCAUCUACAAUGUGACUGGCGGAAUCUUCUACACAUAUGCUGCUGCUUACAAAAAACUUCGGGAUCAAGUCAAAAUCGUCCAUUUCAUCGGCACGCAGAAGCCCUGGCGAGGAGGCGUCGGCAUCCAAAUGCCCGAAUUCGCUCAAAUUUGGCAUCGGAUCUACGAGCGUCAUGUGGCAGGAACUGUCCCCGGAUCAUCUGGAACGGAAACGAUAGCAGAGAGCCGCAGUCGAUGGGAGCAAGGACGACCCGAUUUCACUGGCAAGGAUGCUUUUGCCGAGAUUCAAGAGGCCCUCAUGAAAAAUCUCCAG